AUGGCUUCCGCCGUGUGGGGGAAGGUUGGGAGUUCUUCCAGCAGCAAUGGGAGCAGCGGUAGCAGCGGCAGCAGCAGCAGCGGCAGCAGCAGCGGCGGUCUCUGUGUAAUAGGAACUGCCUGCCGCUUCGGCAGCAGCCGGGAUUCCACAUCUGGAGAAGACAGUCGCCUCAUAAAGAUUGAGGUGGAGGGCGAAGAAGUGCUUGUGGAUCGUUAUGAUGUGAGGCUGCUUCUGGGAGAUGUUGCGUCCUUCGCACGUCAGAACUGCAGCGAAGAGCGCAGGCUGGCGGAGCUGCAAGAGAGCCCCGAGAUAGAAGACAUGCGCUACGAGGACCUUCCGCGUCGUUCGGCCUUCUCUGACGAGCUGCCUUCACAGCAGGAAGAGCAGCAGCAGUGGACGCCCACGCUAGAGCAGCAGCAAAAGCAGCGGAAGAAGCAGCGCACGAUGACAGCAGUAGCAGUGUCUGCAGCGCAGCUCGGUGACGGGGCCCCAACGGCGGAAGGCCCCGACUACAGUGCUGUCCCGCCCCCAGAUUCACUUGAUGCCGCUGCUGCUAACCAGACGGCUUCCUCCCUAACGGAGGAGCGCGAACAUGGCGUUACAGCGGCAACUGCAACAGAAAAUGAAGAGACAGCCAGAGAGACGCCUCCAGAAAGCAGCAGCUCUGGAGCAACGUGCGUAGAUGUCCAUGUAGACGAGUCUUCCCACCAGAAUCGUCAACAGCCUGGCGAACAGAAUGAGCAGCAACAAGGCCAACGGCAGCAGCAGGAGCAGAGUAACAGCUGUUUCGUUCCCCCGUUCCCAGACCUGCCCGCCGACAUGUGCCUCCCUGAAAACAUCAGGGAAUAUUUGGUGGUUGAGAGGACAGCGCACUUCGUCCGCGAGGAAGGCGAGCGUAUGGAGUUCCGUUUGCUGUUAGAUGAGGAGCGGCGGUUGCCCUUUUUGUCUUCGAAGCAUCGCCUGCACCCCUUUUACACUUGGCUGAAAAAGCACGGAUACUCUUUGGUCACAAGAGGGGCAGCGCUGUUGCCCCCGCGCAUCAGGGCUAUGCUUGAGUUCGCCUAUUCCCUUGGCUGUGCAGCGGACCUGCACAAGCAGCAGCAUCAACAGCAGCACCAACCACAGGAUCAAACUGCCGAGGUCAAACGUGAAGGGGGCGAAAUUCAGCUGCAGCUGCAGCGAAACCAAGAGCUACAAUCGGAGAAGGAACAAACUCCACAACCGCAGCAGGAGCAACAGCAGCCGCAGCAGCAACCUAAGCACGACCUUGAUGGCGGGCUGGGGCUGCUGCUCUCAUAUGGAAGCGACGAAGACGACGAGGAACCUGUGUCUCCUCAGCAGCAAUCGAAGGAGGAAGAGGAAAAGAAACUGCAGCAUGAGCUGCAACAACCGCGUCAGCAACAGGAGCAGCAAGAAAACGAGCAACGGCACCGUCAGACACAGGCACAAGUGGACAAUGCUUUAAGUGCUAGCGCCGCCCAAGCACCACCGUUAAAGAGAAGGCCUCCUCCCCCCCCACCUACCCUGCCUUUGCCCCCUGCAGCGCCAGCAGAAGUAGCGGCAGCCACCCAAACAGCCCUAUCUGCAGCAGCAGGUGCAGUGGACGAUGCGGAUGACAACGCGGAGGAGGAAGCUGAGGACUCCGAAGGCGAAGGAGACAGCUACAGCAAUUCUAAGGAUCUGACGGCCAUGUGGCGCUCUCUGCGCGUAACCCGCUUUGCCUUGAAAAAGAAAAAGCGUCAGAAUAAUUCCACUGAACGGGAAGAGGGUCCUGAAGAAGAAGACAUCGACACCAUGAUGGAGGCACUGCCGGAUAAGCCCCCGUGGGCCCAGCCCAACAACAAAUUAGGGCUUUCCAAGUACGAAGACGAUGCAUCUCCCUUCCCCUUUCUGCGGACAUCCUCCAUGGACCUGCGAUACUUCAGAUACGUGCUAAAGUGUGUGGAGGCGGAGAUUAAAAAGGAGGGGUUCCUCAAGCCCCAGCCUCUGCCAGGGCCAACUCAUGAACUGGCUCGGAGUUUCAUGGCGCGGUUGCAGCUGAACCACCACCUACAGCAGCGGAAGCAGAAGCUCCUGGAGGAGUGCAAGCGGCUGUCGGGAGAAACGCAGGAGAAUCAGGGUAUUGACUAUCUGAAGCGAGUGGAAGCAGCUGCUGCUGGUGCUGCAGUAGCAGGAAACGGUGUCAGCAAGAGUUCCACUGGCAACUUAGCCACUGGUACAGCAGAAGCAGCAGCAGCAGCUACAGCAACUACUCCAGCGGUUGCAGCUGCCCCAUACACCGUCGGGGCUGCAGUAGCACCAGCAGUUGCAGCGGAGGCGGAGGCGGCAACAGGUACCGCAACUGCGAUUGUUGCCACUGACCCUUCAAAUACUGCAUAUUUUGCUGCGGCACAGGGUCAGCUUUCUCCUGCAGCCGCAGCGCACUUGCAGAUGUUGGUGCAACAGAUGGCAGCAGCAAGCGCCGCUGACGAUGCAGCAACGUACAUGGCAUACUACACGGCAUAUUGCUACGCGCUUGCUACUCUGUCUCCAGAGGCAACAGCGGCGGCAACAGCAGCUGCAGCAACCGCAUCCAUGCCAUCUACAGCAACAGCUGCUGCCGCUGCAACAACAGCAACAGCAACAACAACCUUGGCAGCAACUCCGCUAGGUUCAGAGGCUGCUGCAGAAACUCCAAAAAAUGUUCCGCCAUAG